UGCGCGAUCACAUGUUGCUGUGUUGUUAUUGCCAGUGCUCUACAGUACAGUCAGUGAAGGGCAGACAGCACACACUCACAGAGUCGACCUGGAUUAUAUAGACUCGGACUGGAUGGCAGGAUGACAUGCUCAGAUGAGAACACACUGAUUCAAACAAACAGUCGCUUUUUACGCGUGUUAUUAAAGCUGUCGACGUAUUUCAGUCCGCGUCAGUCCAGCUGAGAUGAUGAUGAUGGACGCGCAUCUGUGGGAUCAUCUCCAGGCUGGCAGCUCCGAGGUGGACUGGUGUGAAGGGAAUUACCUUAUUUAUCCGGGAAUUGCGGAAUUUUAUAACACGAUAAGCAACGUGCUGUUUUUCGUGCUUCCGCCGAUCCUCAUGUGUCUGUUUCGUCAGUACGCCACACACUUCAACAGCGGCAUCUAUCUGAUAUGGACUCUGCUGGUGGUUGUCGGCAUCGGCUCCACUUAUUUCCAUGCGACCCUGAGCUUUCUGGGUCAGAUGCUGGAUGAGUUGGCCAUACUGUGGGUGCUCAUGUGUGCCAUCGGCAUGUGGUUUCCCAAGAGAUACCUGCCCAAGAUAUUCAGAAGAGACAGGUCGAGGUUUAAAAUGGUCAUCGGUGUGCUCUCAGGCAUCACCACCUGUCUGGCGUUCAUCAAGCCAGCGAUAAACUCCAUCACUCUGAUGACGCUGGGCAUCCCGUGCACCGCACUGCUCAUCACUGAGCUCAAGAGGUGUGAUAACCUGCGUGUGUUCAAGCUGGGUCUGCUGUCAGGUCUGUGGUGGACGCUAGCGCUCAUGUGCUGGAUUAGCGAUCGCAUUUUCUGCGAGAUGUGGUCAUCUGUUAACUUCCCGUAUUUGCACUGCGCCUGGCACAUCCUCAUCUGUCUGGCCUCAUAUCUGGGAUGUGUGUGUUUCGCUUAUUUCGACGCGGCGUCAGAGGCUCCGGAGCAGGGGCCCGUGGUCAAAUUCUGGCCCAGUGAGAAGUGGGCUUUCAUCGGGGUGCCGUACGUCACGCUGCUCUGCGUACACCGAAAACCCUCCAUCAAGGUGACCUGAGCUGCAGUAUCUGAACAUGCUUUGUUUCACACAGAGGAAAAUCCAGAUCUCCGUUCACAAGCGUGUGUUUUUGGGGGGACGGUGAGGGUCAAUCAGUGUUAUUGAUGUGAGGAUUUAAAAGGACAGUUCACCCAAAAAUGAACAUUACCUCACACUCAAGUGGUUCAAAGCUUUUAUGCUAUUUCUUUCAGAAAAGAAGAUGAUCUGAAGCUUGUUGGGAUAAAACAGCCGUUGAUUUUCAUGGCAGGAACUAAGAAUACUUUGUUUUUCCCAGCAUUCUUCAGUACAGGCAAGCCUGAAAUUAUUAUAAUUAAAUUAUUAUUAUUAUUCAUACCCCAGGCAAAUUCUAACUUGAAGUUUUUGCUCAAAUGUAAAUAAAAGCUGAUAAAUAUAUAUUUUUUUCCACAAUGUUGCCUCUUGUACGUCAUCUUAUUAUCUUUAGGGAGAAGCCUGUGUCAUUUAUGGACUAAAAACAAACUUUCUGGUUGAAUAAAAGUAACUCAGAAUUUGCCCGGGGUAAAAUAGUUUUAGGCUUGACAUGUUUAACAGCAGAAAGACACACAAACAGCUUUGGAACAAGUAGAGGAUGAGGAAACGCUGACAGAAUUUUCAUUUUUGGGUGAUCUAUCUCUUUAACAGCACAGAAUUAUCUUUCCAUUUGCGUCGGUGUAACACUCUAAAAGGUCUGGAAUAAUAUAGAUUUGGUGUUUGUUUUUAAAGAGGCUUCUUACUUUCAGCAAAGCUGCAUUUAGUUUGAUCAAAAAUACAGUAAACAAUCGUAAUAUUGUAAAAUACGAGUCACUAUGUCAGACAUCCCAAGUUGGCAAAAGUAAUUUCCGGGGUAGGCAGAGAUAAUUUGCAGGAGGUUGCGGGAUAACGGGUGCCUGGAAAAAAGGGGGGUGGGGGGGGGUUGUUGUGCGCGCGACGUUAAGUAUCUGAAGAGCAGUGGGGGUGUUUGCGUGCGACGUAUCUGAAGAGCGGUGGGGGCGUAUGUGCGCGAUGUACCUGAAGAGCUGUGGGGGUGAGUUGCGUGUGAUGUACCUGAAGAGCUGGGAGGGAUGCGAUGGAGAGGCAUGUGCGACGUAUUUAAGGACCGGGCGGGAGACGCGCGAUUUCAGGGAGAUUAUCAUUCGUUUGUGGGCAUCCGGGAAUUCUCAAUGCUUUUGCGGGAGACUCCCGGAACUUCCGAGAGACUUGGGAUGUCUGCCAUGUAAAAAAAAAAUACAGUAUCUAAAUGUUUGGUGAGGAUUAAUAGGUGAAACAUUAAAUGAGAAUGAAUGCAUAAGACUUUUAUUUAGCAAGAACAGAUUUAAUAUUACUGGGAAAGUUACCGUAAAGAGAUCAUGUGUUAUACUGAAAAAUUAAUUCUGGAAUGAGAAGUUGUAACAUUACCUGUACAUUUCCAGAAUUCUGAUGGUUUAUUUUUAUUGAUUUAUUUUUUAUUUAUUACCAGUGAACUUGUUCUGGUAAUAUUAUGGCUUUUGAAGGUGUUAAAAAUAAAUACAAAAUAAUAUAAAAAUAAUAGUUUAUAAAUAUUGUUAUUUUGAGCUUUUUUUUAUGAGAAAACUUCCGAAAGAAUUACUAACAGGAACGCUUAUAUUUUCUCUAUAACUUUAUAUGAAAACAAAUAUUUUAAAUAGCAGUUAUACUUCACAGAAUAUAUUUUACACAUAUACUUUUUCAGAAAAUUUCUGGUAAACUACUGUAAAGAGAUCAUGUGUAAUAGUGGAGGCCGUUUUCCUGCAAUCAGACAGAAUUGCAUAAUUAAGGGAUUUAGUUUUUUUUAUUAUUAUUAUUUUUCAUUUUGUAUUAUUACCAGUGACAUUUUUCUGGUAAUUUUAUGGCUA